AUGAACAAGAUCGCAACAAUCGCAGGUCUCGCAGUCGCAGCUUCCGCUAUGACCGCAAACGCAGAAACCCUUCUGAUCGUUGACCUCGGCACCACCAACAGCAUCACCAUCUCCGCUACCGACGGCCUCGCUUCCGCAUCCGUCGCAGGCAGCGACUUCACCGGUGCACUCCUCGCUGACUUCUUCGGCGCUCCAACCCUCGUCGGCUUCCUUGAGUCCGGCGGAGUUGGCGACCUCGUCUACGGCGGCGAAGCAUCCGACGGUACCCCUGGCCUCUUCAACGCUGCAGGCAGCGCUGGCCUCAAUGUCUGGUCGCUCGGCGGCACCGGCAGCUUCACCGCUGGCUCGCAAGGCUUCACCGGUUCGGCUACAUGGGCAGUCGAUGCAGGCGUCUACGCUGACAUGCUCGCAGGCAACGCAGGCGGCGACAUCUUCGCUCCAGCUGACUCCGAUGACGACAUCGGCGCUGCAGUCCUCGUCGGUCAGUGGGAAAUCAUCCCAGCACCAAGCUCCCUCGCUCUUCUCGGCAUGGGUGGCCUCGUCGCUGGUCGCCGUCGUCGCUAA